UCCGAGAAAUCCACCAAGAGUGCAAAGCGAUCGCUUCCUGUGGCUCCGACCCAUGCGAUUUUAGUACGGUCGCCAUUUGCAACCCCCCGAACAGCCAAUUGCCUUGGUUAGACCCUUUGUCGCAUCAUGGCUUUGCUUCAGUACAACGCCCCUGUCGAUUAUGCGGCGCAAUUAGACGCCUUCAAGGACUUUCUGCAGCACUUCAAAACCUUCGAAUCGGCCUCCGCCUCCGCUGCGACCGAAGCUAUCGAGGACCUGCAUAUCGAUGGAGAUCGCACUAGCGACGAAUAUGACUUUAUGGACGAUGCGGAGGAGGGUGAAGGAAGAGAGGGGGCUGCCCGCAGACGCCGCCAACCAAAGCUCAAAUACAUGCAGAUGUUGCAGGAUGUAGCGGAUCGGGAGCGGUCGAAUAUCCUCAUUGAGCUCGAUGACCUGGCGACCUUCGAAAAAUCACUCCCCGAAGAUGUGGACUUGAAGCUCGUCGAGUCUGUGCAGAAGAAUACCAAGCGAUAUGUCGAUGUUCUUUCGUCAGCUGUGGACGCUGUUAUGCCCAAAGAAACCAAGGAGAUUACGUUCAAGGAUGAUGUUCUAGAUGUCAUCAUGUCGCAACGCGAAAAACGAAACGAGACUUCGAACAUGGCCAUGGAGGCUGACAUGGAUGCAGCCGAAGAAUCUCCGAUAUUUCCGCCGGAAUUGACCCGUCGAUACACCCUGAAUUUCAAGCCCCUCACACCUUCAGGAUCCAGCAGUGAGCGCGAGGGCAAGGCCCUUGCCGUCCGGAAUGUGCGGGCAGAGCAUCUUGGUAGCUUGAUCACCGUUCGCGGUAUCACCACUCGUGUCUCGGACGUUAAGCCCGCGGUCCAGAUCAAUGCCUAUACUUGUGACCGCUGCGGGUCCGAGGUUUUCCAGCCGAUCACUACAAAGCAGUUCAUGCCCAUGACGGAGUGUGUGUCGGAGGAGUGCAAGAAGAACAACUCCAAGGGACAGCUGUUCCUUUCCACGCGGGCUUCCAAAUUCGUUCCCUUCCAGGAGGUGAAGAUCCAGGAGAUGGCAGACCAGGUGCCUGUCGGUCACAUCCCUCGGACUAUGACCAUUCACUGCCAUGGGAGUCUGACUCGACAAGUUAACCCCGGUGAUGUUAUUGAUCUUGCAGGAAUCUUCCUGCCUACACCCUACACGGGUUUCAGAGCUAUCCGUGCCGGGUUACUGACGGACACCUAUAUAGAGGCUCAGCACGUCACGCAGCACAAGAAGUCCUACAACGAGAUGGCCAUGGACACUAAGACUCUUCGGAAGAUUGAGCAGUACCAGAAGUCUGGAAACAUGUAUGAGUACCUGGCUCGGUCAAUUGCUCCCGAGAUCUACGGUCACCUUGACGUGAAAAAGGCAUUGCUUCUACUCCUGAUUGGAGGUGUCUCGAAGGAGAUGGGUGAUGGCAUGCACAUUCGUGGUGACCUGAACAUUUGCCUGAUGGGUGAUCCUGGUGUUGCCAAAUCUCAGUUAAUGAAAUACAUCGCCAAGGUUGCCCCCCGAGGUGUGUACACGACCGGUCGAGGAAGUAGUGGUGUCGGUCUUACGGCUGCCGUCAUGAGAGAUCCGGUGACAGAUGAGAUGGUGCUGGAGGGUGGUGCGCUGGUCCUGGCCGACAAUGGUAUUUGCUGCAUUGAUGAAUUCGACAAAAUGGACGAUGCAGACCGGACGGCUAUCCACGAAGUGAUGGAACAGCAGACGAUUUCCAUCUCCAAGGCUGGAAUCACCACCACGCUAAACGCUCGCACGUCCAUCCUGGCGGCCGCUAACCCGCUCUAUGGACGAUACAACCCCCGGAUCUCUCCGGUGGAGAACAUCAACCUGCCCGCCGCAUUGCUUUCGCGUUUCGAUAUCAUGUUCCUUAUCCUUGACACGCCUUCGACCGAGGGCGACGAAGAACUGGCACACCACGUCACCUAUGUCCACAUGCACAACAAGCACCCCGAGACCGAGGACGCCGGCAUUAUGUUCACUCCUCACGAGGUCCGCCAGUACAUUGCCAAGGCACGCACCUACCGACCGGUUGUCCCCUCGAGCAUUUCGGAUUACAUGGUCGGAGCGUACGUGCGCAUGAGGAAGGACCAGAAGACCGACGAGGCCAACAAGAGGCAAUUCUCUCACGUUACUCCUCGUACUCUGCUUGGUGUCGUCCGUCUUUCGCAGGCCCUCGCGCGUCUUCGCUUCAGUGAUAUCGUCGUCACGGAGGACGUCGACGAGGCUCUGCGCCUUGUUGAGGUCGGUAAGUCAUCCCUGGCCAACGACGGCCACGGUGGCGGCGACCAGAGCCCUACCAGCAAGAUCUACAACUUGAUCCGCCACAUGCGUGAGAGCGGUGCCGCCGCCAUCGGAGAUGGCGAGGAGGGCGCGCUCAGCAUGCGCAGAAUUCGGGAGAGAGUGCUCGCGAAGGGCUUUACGGAGGAUCAGCUGAAGAUGGCUAUUGAUGACUAUGAAAGUGUUAAUGUCUGGCAUGUUCUUGGGGACGGUACACGUCUGGUAUUCGUUGAUGUUGAUGUUGACGGAGAAAUGGACAUGUGAUGGGAGUACAUCAUCUAAUCACUGUAUUUGACGAGUGUUUUCUUUUCUAAUGUUUACAUUGGCCAUGAUUGAUUGACUGGCUUAUGAAUUCUGUUCCCUUCAUGGUUUUCUUUUUGAUAUCGGGAGAGGUUGGUUUCAGUCGUCUGCGAGAUCUCAUUGCAAACGGGUCGAAUCUGGAACCGGUGUUUCUGGAGUAUGUAGCUGAUAGUCAUUUCGACGAGAGGAGAGGGUCAAAAUCUGAUAUAAUACAUACAUUCUCGGAC